GCGAGCACGUUGCCGCUCUCAUCUCUCUCCGCUGCGCUUUCCUUCGAGGUCGCACCUGCUGGCUGGAGGUGCCCGGGGAGCAUGGGAGCCUCUUCGCCAAGGAGCCCGCAGCCUCUCGGGCCGCCGGCUCCCCCUCUCUCCUGCUCCGGAGGAGCCCUGCUGGCCGUUCUGGUGCUGCUUGCGCUGCCGGCAGCCUGGGGUCAAUGCACAGCCCCAGCAUGGAUUCCUUUUGCCAGGCCGGCAAAACCAAUUGACAAGUCUGAGUUUCCCAUUGGAGCAUCUUUGAACUAUGUGUGCCGCCCUGGUUACUACAGGAAAGAGUUCCGUAUCACCUGCCAAAAGAACUUGACCUGGUCAAGUGCUGAAAACAAAUGUGAACGUAGGUCAUGUGGCAGUCCUCCAGAACCCACAAAUGGCAAAACGAUUGCUAAUGGAGACACCAAGGUUGGAUCAACUGUGAACUAUGCUUGUAAUGAAGGAUACCGACUCAUUGGUGAGCCAUCUAAUUUAUGCAUAAUCUCAGACAAUAUUGUCAUCUGGGAAAACGACCCACCUCUUUGUGAAAGAAUUGCUUGUGAGCCACCCCCAAAGAUUGCCAAUGGAAAUUUCAUUAGCACCAACAGAGAAUAUUUCCCAUACGGAACGGUGGUGACCUAUCGCUGCAAUACUGGACACAGAGGGAAAAAGCUGUAUGAGCUUGUGGGCCAGUGGUCAAUAUACUGCACCAGCAAAGACAAUCGCGUUGGCACGUGGAGCGGCCCUCCCCCUCAGUGCAUUAUACCUAAUAAAUGCACACCUCCAGAAGUUGAAAAUGCAAUAAUAGUAUCUGAGCACAAAAGUUUAUAUUCCUUAAAUGAAAUUGUGAUGUUUACAUGUAAGGCCGGCUUUGACAUGAAAGGACUCCCCAGAGUGAAAUGCCAACCUCAAAACAGAUGGGGGCCAGAGUUGCCAAGCUGCUUUAAGCUAUGCAAGCGGCCUCCAGAAAUUCCGCACGGUAAGCCCAGCCCAAGCGACAAGAACAGUUUUUCCCCUGGGCAGGAAGUAUUCUACAGCUGUGAGCCUGGCUAUGACCUCAGAGGGACUGCUUCUCUGCGCUGUACACCCGAGGGAGACUGGAGCCCAGCAGCCCCUACGUGUGCAGUGAAAUCAUGUGCUGACUUCCUGGACCAGCUCCCUAAUGGCCGUGUGCUCUUUCCACUUAAUUUCCAGCUUGGGGCAAAAGUGUCCUUCAUUUGUGAUGAGGGGUUCCAUUUGAAGGGAAGUCCUGACAGUUACUGUAUCUUGGUUGGAAUGGAAAGCCGUUGGAAUAACCCUGUUCCUGUGUGUGAACGAAUCUUUUGUCCAAGCCCUCCACCUAUCCUUAAUGGGAAACACAAUGGAACUUCCCAGGGAGGCGUUCCCUAUGGAAUGGAAAUUACUUACAUGUGUGACCACCACCCAGCCAGAGGGAUGACCUUCAACCUCGUUGGGAAGAGCACCAUCCGCUGCACAAGUGACAGUGAAGGGAAUGGGAUGUGGAGCGGCCCUGCACCUCACUGUGAACCUUCUGGUUACUGUAAAGCCCCCGAACAGUUUCCAUUUGCCACUCCUACAACUCGGACUGAUGAAUCUGAGUUUCCAGUCGGGACAUCUUUGAAUUACAGUUGUUCCCCUGGGUAUUUUGAGAAGACGUUUUCCAUCAUCUGCUUAGAAAGCUUGGUCUGGACAAGAGCCGAAGAUACAUGUAGACGAAAAUCAUGUGGAACUCCUCCAGAACCCUUCAAUGGCCUGGUGCAUGUAAACACAGAUACCCAGUUUGGAUCCACAGUUAAUUAUUCUUGUAAUGAAGGGUGAGUUGAGA